CUGUCAGUCAGUUGUUUCGCGUUUUCCUUUUUUUUUAACCCCCUUCUCGACCACGUGGAGGAGCAGCUCUCAGUCAACAGACGUCCGCACGGAACUCAGCGGCUUUAUUUUUAUUUUAUUACCGUCCCCGGCGCGACGCUGAUCCCGGUGUGAGAUGUCGGCGGCAGGACAGACCUCCAGGAGCCUGGAGAUCCCGGCUGUCCGCAGGAUCGCCAUCCACGAUGCAGCCCACAUGCCGAAGGAGUACUCCACGACCCCGGGGGGGACUAUGUUCAGCACCACACCAGGAGGUACCAGAAUCAUCUACGACAGGAAGUUCCUGCUGCAGUGUCGGACCUCUCCUCUGGCCCUCACUCCUCCCAAACUUCCCGAUAUUCCCGGAGUCACAAGGCCGCUCCACCCGGACUCGUCCCACAAUGAAAACCGGCCCGAGGAAUUAGCCAGCAACAACGAGGACGACCACAGCCUGCACACAGAGGAGAACUCGGCGGAGGACGCCCAGUUUGAAAUGGACAUCUGAACGUUGGCAGCGAUAAGGAAUGAAGUGACGCUAGCAUUUAUGUUUUUAUGAAACGGUUGAGAGAACAAGUCCAGUCUUAGUCAGCGAAGCAACAACAGUGUAUUUUCUAAUGUCUAAUACUUGCUAAAAUCUUAAAGCUAAAGCUGAUUAAAAAAUGUUUUUUUACUUUGUUUGAUUGUUUCAUAUAGCCAAUGACAAUUAAUUCCAUAUUUAGAUUGAUUCUUGUGAGUUAUAUUUACUUUACAAAUAAUCAUUUAAGAAGGUAUAGGCACUCACUAAUGUAGUUGGCGGUCUACUUUUGGAUUCUGUAACAACUGUGUUUGGCCACUUGGGGGCAGCAGAUAAUAACUUCAUACGUCUAGGUCCAGAUUUUCAGUCUAUGUGCCACAAUUCUAGUUGUUAAAACACUCAGUGAAGGUACUGUUACAUGAAUUAUCAGGUGUGGUCUUGUUUUUCUAGGAAAAGGACAUUUUAUAAUCACCUCAUACGUUUUUUCAUGAAAGAUUGAAACCUCAUCCAAGACGGUAAAAUGAAAUAUUUGCCUGUUAAAUGUUACCUGUUUAGGUUACAGUUUUUAAAAACCAAUAAGUUGAUGCUAAGUUGGACUUCUUUUAUUUUUUACUGUGAAGAUCAUUAAAAGUGUUUAUGCAUUCUUUAACCAGAACUAAACAAUUGCUUCUUAUCUGUGAAAUUUUUCAUGUUUUCCAAAUAUAAGCAACCUUAAUGAAUAAUUUUAAUUCCAAAUGUAAAAAAAAAGAAUAAUACUCAGAGACCUUUUAUAUAUUUGCAGCUGUCAAAUGCAAUUCACUUUUCCACUUAAAUGAUAGUCCCCUUUUCUAAGGGGGCUAGUUCAAUUAUAUGGGUAUAUUUAUAUAUAAAAAAGGGCAAAUUAUUUUAUCCCAAUAUGAAAGAGAACUUUGAUUAGAAGCUUGCAUGGAAUAACAGGCAUGAAUACCAUAUGCAUGUAUGGCUUUUGACGAUCUAUUUGAAUUGUUCUUUAUUCAGGGCAAAAGUAAAAGUUUGAACUUAAUGUUGUUUUUUUUUACUAUAGACGAGUUUGAUUUUCUGUAAUCCGCCCAGGGUAAUUAAAAAAGGACGCUUUUAAAUGAAGACAAAAGAAAA